UAAGCAGUCGGAAACGUAUUGAUACUGCAAAUCAAAAACAAAACAAAUGUCAAGUAAAUUCUUAAAAGUUUUGAGAUCCUGAAGAGUUUCAAAUUUACAAAAUAUGCAUUUCAAUUAUUUGGCAAUGUCACAGCUUUAAGAAACCUAUCACAGACAAUAUAUACGAUCAACAUUUGGUAAUAUUCGUGCUCGUAUAUGGAAACUUAUCUCCUUUUAACAGAAAUUUUGUGUUUGCUAAAAUAAUCAUUGAAUAGAUUCUAUCUCUAACUAUGGCUGGUAUUUCUCCUGUGUGGCGUUUACUUUUCGGUGCCAUCAUUGGUUUCAUUAUCACCACCAAAUUGCGUUAUAUAUUGCUACAAAAAUCACCCUGUUUUGCAACAUUUGGUAAAAGUGCAUCAUUUCAGAAUCAAUCUCAUAGUGAAACUCUUAUAGAAGAUGUUGUCAACAUUUCAGAGUUAUCAGAAGAUAAGAAACUUCUUUUUAUUGGUGUGAUGACUGCUCAGAAAUACUUAGAAACCAGAGCUUUAGCUAUUCACAAUACUUGGGGUCAGACAGUACCUGGUAAACUUAUAUUUUUCUCCAGUUCUACAUCUAAAUCGAACUUUCCUCUUCCACUUGUUCCACUUAAAAAUGUAGAUGACUCAUAUCCUCCCCAAAAGAAGUCAUUUUUAAUGCUAAAGUUUAUGCACGACAACUUUAUUGAUGAUUUUGAAUGGUUUAUGAGAGCAGAUGAUGAUGUUUAUAUUCGAACUGAACUUUUAGAGAAGUUCUUGAGAUCUGUAAAUAGUAGCAAACCUCAAUUUAUAGGACAAGCUGGUCUUGGAAAUAAGGCUGAAUUCGGGCAACUCAGUUUACAACCGGAUGAAAAUUUUUGCAUGGGUGGACCCGGAAUGAUUCUGAGUCGAGACACCUUACGAUUAGUUAUUCCUCACAUUCGAUAUUGCCUCAAAAACCUUUAUUCAACUCAUGAAGAUGUAGAAGUUGGAAGAUGUGUCCGAAAGUUUGUUGGCAUUCCUUGUACUUGGUCAUAUGAAAUGCAAAGUAUAUUUUACCACAGCUUCAGUGGAGAAGAAGUUUUCACAGGUCGUUUAAAAACCAAGGAAAUCCAUAGAGCCAUAACUCUUCAUCCUAUCAAGCAACCACCUUAUCUAUAUCGCAUGCAUAGCUACUUUCAUGGAUUACACACACAAGAUUUGAGAUAUAAUGCUUUAAAUCUAUAUCGAGACAUUCUUGAGAUGGAAAAUCUUUUACAAGACACCAAACCUUUUGGAAAUAAUGACCUAAUAAAUCACUACAAUAUCUCAAUAUUAGGAAUGAAACCUGUUUUAAACAAAUUUUUCCCUGUUAAUCGGGAUGAAACCUUGACUUGGGAUUUUAUCAGCAAACAUAUUUUCUCUAUUUCUAGCAUUAAUCCUAAAAAGCGAUUAGAAGCUUACCAACAAUUGGCGGUGAGUGAUGUAGUUAUGGAAGUAAUGGAAAUUAUUAAUAAAUAUUCUAAGCAGAGAGGAAGAGUUAUAGAUUUCAAGGAAAUUUUAUAUGGAUACAUUAGAGAAAAUCCUUUGUUUGGAGUUGAUUAUAUACUAGAUAUGUUAUUAACAUAUAGAAAGUACAGGGGUAAAAAGAUGACUGUUCCUGUUCGUCGUCAUGCUUAUCUUCAAAAAGCCUUCUCCCAAUUAGAGUUUAAAGAAGAUAUUAAUCAAAACUCUGUGCCAUCACUCACAGAUAUGAUGAAUACUAAAAUCAAUAUUAUCGUUCCUUUAUAUGGACGUUUGGAAAAUUUUAAACGAUUUUUAAAUAAUAUUGAAGUGGUUUUUUUAAAAACUGGAGAGAAAGUUCAUCUAGCUGUAGUUUAUUUUGAAUCUGAGCAAGAUGAUUCAACUGAAACUAAAAUGAUUUUAGAAGAUUUAAAAAGAAGGUAUCCUGCAUAUGACUUACGGUUAAUUGAAGCAAAAGGUCCCUUUUCAAGAGCAGUUGCUUUGGAAGUUGGUGCAAAAGCAUUUUCACCAUAUUCUUUAUUAUUUUUUGUUGAUGUUGAUAUUGUUCUUGAUGUCGGCGUCUUGAAUAGAAUACGUUUGAAUACAAUUAAAUCUAAGCAGGUCUAUUUUCCUGUUGUUUUUAGUGAAUAUGAUCCGGAAUAUUUAGAAAAUGAUUCAGAAAUACCUUCUUUAAGUGAAGAAAGGGGAUAUUGGAGACAGUUUGGUUAUGGCAUUGUAAGCAUAUAUAACGAGGAUUUGAGACAAGUUGGAGGAUUUGAUACUUCAAUUCGAGGAUGGGGAAAGGAAGAUGUUGAUCUUUAUUCAAAAGUGGUUCGGAGCAAUCUUACAGUUCUGCGUGCCGCUGAUCCAGGAAUUGUCCAUGUAUUUCACCCUAUUACUUGCAGUCCUGAAUUGGAAGAUUCACAAUAUGAAAUGUGUUGGGGGAGUAAAUUAUCUAGUUUGGCAUCCCAAAAGACACUUGCUAAAAUAAUUCUAAGCAAUAAGCAGAAAUAUUUGAGCAGCAGAGAGUAAAAUAUUAUGUAUUUAUGUUACUUUUUUAAUCUGUAAUCAAUUGAGAGAUGUGAGCUAAAGGGAAUUAACUAUUAUGAAUUUACUGAUGCUUUUAUUUACCUAAACUUUUACUUUGUUUUUUGUUAUCUUGUUGAACAUGUUCAUUGUUAAAUUUACAAAGCUAUCUCUUAUGGUAUUUUAAAUUUUUUUUAUCGCCCUUUGGGGAGUUCGGUAUCAAGUGAAUGCCUGGGACCAACUCCUCAAUUAAAUGUCCCUGAAAAGAAGAGUCUAGUUAAACUCUGGGCAGGGCAAAUAAACGUAUUAAUUUAAAUCCCCCUUUUAAAAUUAGUUUUUUAUGUGUGAAUAAUGUGUGGAAAUAAUUAUUGUUUUGAAGAACUUCAUAUUUUUAACAAAAUAUUCUUAAGAGGAAAAAAACUUUUACAUUUUAAGUAACGAAAACUUCAUAGUUAAAUUUCUUUACCAAUCAUAUUUUAAUCUUCAUAAAAUGUUUUCCUAAAUUUAAGUAUUUACUCUGUAAAAAAUGUAAAUUCCUACUAAAGUAAUUCUAGUAAUCUAGCAUCAAAUUAAAUGUUUUAGUGUGCUCAAGUCAUGGAUUGAAUGUACCUUUCGACAAGAUGCCUGGGGUCAUUUUGCCCUUCGGCCCCCACUGUCUCUCUGCAUGCCACUAAUCUUUCUUAAAGAAAUGUUAUCUUUGUUCUCAUGAUUCCACUUGCGUAAAGUUUGUAUUUGUUUAAUGUAUUAUUUCUAAUGUGCUCUUUGAUAUUUUUUUUUUUACAUUAUAAUUAUUUUUAACACCUUAUUCUAACUAAUUUUUAAGCAUUCAUGUGUUCAAAUUAUUUUAGUCAUUAAAAUGUGUUCACUUUUUUGUGUUUAGAGAACAUGGCCCACAAUAAUUUUCACCCUGAAACUCGUAGAACCAGUGUCCAGCAUUAGUUAGCAGUAAUACUUAUUUAAAUAUUCCAACGUCAUAAAAACAGUAGCAGUUUCUUCGAAAAAUUUCCAAACUUUUUGGAGUUUGGAAAAUUUACUAAAAUUGGAGACAUUUUGAUUUAACCUGAAAAAAAAAAGUGCAAAAUCUAGUAGAAUAAAGUUGCUAUGUAUGUAUAUAAAAAUUAUUUACUGAGUAAAUAAAAUUCUAGUGAUGCUAAUUUUGCUGAGAAAUAAAAUUAUUUUUGUAUAUUGUUAUAUUUAAAACUACAAAAGAAUUGCUCUUUUAUUUAAUCAGUUUUGAUUAACUCUUUCUUUUAGAUAAUAGGACAUUAUAUAUUAUGCAAUCAAAUUCGUACCACAUUUUUAAAUAAAUUUAUUUAUUUUUGUUAUUAAAGAUGCAAAAUCAAUUAAAAUGAGAAAGAAGGAUAUAACUUGUCAAAUAUAACUGUAUAAAGUUUCGUUUUUUUCACCUAAUAAUUUUACUGUCCUCUGGUUACAAAUUGCUAUAUCUGGAAACUUGAACAAUAUUGACACAUUACAAUAUUGAAUAUUGUAAUGUGUAUCCAGGAUGGCCAGUCACUGAGAAAACCUGGAAUUCUCAGGAAAAUAUACCCUCAACUCUAAGAAAGAAAAAUUUUGGAAUAUCAGCAAUUAGCAGUAUUGAAUGAAUAUUAUCUUAUCACUAGGAACUGAGCAUUUCAAUUUAUUAUUAGGUAUUUUUAUGUUACCAAUUGUAUAUUUUAAAACUUAUCCAGUCACACUUUUAUUACUAUAAAAUAUAUUAUAGCAAUAAUGUUAUAUUAUAGUACUAUUAUAUACUAUAUAGUACUUUAAUAUAAUAUAUAAUACUAGUAUAAUAUAAUAUAUACUACUAGUGUUAUAUAUUAUAGUACUAUUUGGAUCAAUAAUUCAUUUUUUAAGUUCUAAUUUUAGUUUUCUUUGCAUCUUGAAAUAUAAAGAAAAUAAUCAUUUUUGAAAACCAAUUCCUGUCCAUCAUGUAAAAAAAGUAAUAAAAUAUUUUUAAAGAAUUCAUAAUUCUUUUUUUUUUCUAAUAUGAUGAAAAUUACAGGCUUCGAACAAUGAACAAUAUUAGUUAGAAAAAUUAACAGCUUGGAUUAAUACAAAACUUUUUCAAUUGCAUUUAAAUAUAAAAACUUAAUAGAAAAUUAUAUAUAUGUAAUUAUUUAAAUUACUUGAAAAAUUUUGUUAAUUUAAAUCAAGACAAUUUGCUAAAUUUUAUGAAUUUUACUCUAGUAAUCUCAAAGAAUUAUGGUUUUGUCUGGGCAGUGGCCAACCUAUUGCUAUAAAUGGUGUCACGUGUGUAAUAAUGUAGACUAUUUGUACUUUCUAAUAUUGCCUUAUGUUAAAAUGCCUACUACUUUUAUUUAAUGCAUUUGUAAUUCUUUUUCUAACUCGUUUUUUCUCUUUAUUUUUAUAUAAAUGUGCCAAAGAUUGCUUGAUGAUAUAACUAUGUAAUCUUAUUUGCUAACUGUGAUAAACCUUUUUGUUAUCUGAAUUAAAAAUAAAUAUCUGAAAUUUU